GAAAGUGAAUAAACUUAAUUGAGAAUGUCUGAAAACCUUGACAACUCUAAAAUAAAUGAAGCAGGAAAAUCAAAUGAUUCUGAGCAAAGCCUUGAAGAUGAUGUGGAAGAAUCUGAUGAAGCUUUACAGAAAAGAGUAAAACCAGCCUCCCCUAGCCCCCAAAGAGUGCAGAGACCCCACUCUACUCCUCCUCAGUUUGUGACAGUAGACGAACUCCUGGAGACAGCGAAAGGCGUUGCCAACAUGGCUCUCGCCCAUGAAAUUGUAGUCAAUGGAGACUUUCAGAUUAAACCAGCUGAAUUGCCAGAAAACAGCUUGAAGAAGAAAGUAAAGGAUAUUGUACAUAAAGCUUUUUGGGAUUGUUUGAGUGCCCAGCUAGAGGAAGACCCCCCAAAAUAUAACCAUGCCAUCAAACUGGUGGGAGAGAUCAAAGAGACACUCUUAUCUUUCUUGCUGCCUGGUCACACUAGACUGAGAAACCAGAUAACCGAGGUCUUGGAUCUGGACUUGAUCAAGCAGGAAGCAGAGAAUGGGGCCUUAGACAUUUCCAAGGUGGCAGAAUUUAUUAUUAGCAUGAUGGGAACAUUGUGUGCUCCUGUUCGAGAUGAAGAAGUUAAGAAACUAAACGACAUUAAGGAAAUCGUGCCUCUGUUCAGGGAAAUAUUUUCUGUGUUAGAUCUAAUGAAAGUGGACAUGCUAAACUUUGCUAUCACGAGCAUUCGGCCACAUCUCAUGCAGCAUUCAGUUGAUUAUGAAAGGAAGAAGUUUCAAGAGUAUUUGGAGAAGCAGCCAAAUGCCUUGGACUUUGUCACCCAGUGGCUAGAAGAAGCCUCAGAUGAACUUAUGAGUCAGAAGUAUAAAAACACCUUACCAGCAGGGGGAGGGGCUGCUGGCUCUGAGGACUUUGCCAUGCUGAGUCCCGUCGCUGUCCAGAAUCAUGCUUACCUCAAGCUUCUGAAAUGGGAUCACCUCCAGAGACCUUUCCCUGAAACAGUCCUGAUGGAUCAGUCCCGCUUCCAAGAGCUCCAGCUGGAGCUGGAGCAACUCACCAUCCUGGGGGCUGUGCUGCUGGUCACGUUCAGCAUGGUGGCCCCCGGAAUUGUCAGCCAAGCCAACUUUGCAGAGAAACUCAAGAUGAUUGUCAAGGUUCUGCUGACAGACAUGCAUCUGCCCUCCUUCCAUCUGAAGGAUGCUCUAACUGAUAUUGGGGACAAAGUCUGCAUGGAGGUGAGCAGCAGCCUUUCCCUGUGCGGGUUCACCCCCUUCACCACAGACAAGGAGACCAUGCUCAAGGGCCAGAUCCAGGCCCUGGCCAGUCGGGACAACCGCAUUCGCAGGAUCAUGGAUUCCCGAAUCUUCACUUUCUUGGAAACCUACCUUGCCUCAGGCCAUCAGAAGCCAUUCCCUGCAGUACCUGGUGGAUUGAGUCCAGUUCAGAAAGAGCUGGAAGAAAUUGCUGUUAAAUUUGUUCGCCUGGUCAACUAUAACAAGAUGGUGUUCAGUCCCUACUAUGAAGCGAUCCUCAGUAAGAGCCUGGUCAAGUCCUAA